AUGGACCGACCACACCAGGACCCAGCAGAACUUUCAGCUUCACCCACAUCUCAGUGGAUGUAUAAUUUUUAUGGUUACCCGGACACCUGUCGGACUUUCAUCUUGGACUUUGCAAGAUCUUAUGGCCCGAACGCUUUGGACAGGGACUUGGUUAUUAAUAUGGUGCUCCGCCUAAGGGGAAGAGCCCUGCAAUGGGCUAGCAGUUACCUCGAGCGACAUCCUAUAGAGGAGCUGGACUUUUGGGAUUUCGCAGGCGAUCUGCGAGAUGCUUGUUGCAGCCCACAUGCUCCCUCUUCAGCUCCUACACUCCUGUCCCGUCCUGAGUCGUCUCAGACUAUCCAAACUGGUUUCAUCUCCUUCUCCCCUGUUCCUGCCAACGUCAUCCUCGCACCUCCGAGGAGACGCACUCACCACAGACGUCGCCGCCAUCACCAGCAGUCUCCCGAGGCCGCAUCGCCUCCUGCUCCAGCGGUGUUCCAGUUCCCUCGAGUUUCCCAGUUCCCUCAAGUGUCUCCACAAGUGUUCCAGUUCCCCAUGUCACAAGUGUCCCCACAGGUGUUCCAGUUCCCUCGAGUUUCCCAGUUCCCUCAAGUGUCUCCACAAGUCUCAAGUGUCCCACUCUCCCAAGUCUCAAGUGUCCCACUCUCCCAAGUCUCAAGUGUUCCUGUCAGAAGUCCCCCAGUCUCAGGUGUCCCAGUCUCCCCAGUCUCAAGUCCCCCAGUCUCAAGUCCCCCAGUCACCCCAGUCACAAGUCCCCCAGUCUCAAGUCUCCCUGUCACCCCAGUCACAAGUGUUCCAGUCUCAAGUCUCCCUGUCACCCCAGUCACAAGUGUUCCUGUCACCCCAGUCACAAGUCUCCCAGUCACCCGAGUAUCAAGUUUCCCCACAAGUCUCCCAGUCACCCGAGUAUCAAGUUUCCCCACAAGUCUCCCAGUCACCCGAGUAUCAAGUUUCCCCACAAAUCUUCCAGUCACCCAAGCCUCAAGUCUCCCCACACAACUUCCAGUCUCCCAAGUCUCAGGUCUCCUAGUCAUGAGAGUUCCAGUCUCCAAGACGCAAGUGUUCCGGUCUCCCAAGUCUCAAGUAUUCCAGUCACAAUUCCCGUCUCCAGAGACCCUUCCUCGGCCCCCUAGACUUCUCAGGUCCCGCCUCCUGGUUCCCCGUCGCCGGCCCCCACGACUCCUCUGGUCCUGCCUGCUGGUUCCCCGUCGCCGGCCCCCAAGACUUGCCCGGUCCCGCCUCCUGGUUCCCCGUCGCUGGCCCCCGAGACUUCCCUGGUCCCGCCUCCUGGUCCCCCAUCGCCGGCCCCCGAGACUUCCCUGGUCCCGCCUCCUGGUUCCCCGUCGCCGGCCCCCCAGUGUCCCCUGGUCCCUCCUCGCCCACCCUUGUGGGUUGUUUUUUGUCCGGGCCCUCCUCUCCCGCCCUGUGGUCUCUCGUGUCCUGUUUUGUCUUUGUCUUUUGUUUAUGUUUUUGUCUUGUUCUGGUUUUGUGCGUCUGGUAUACGCCCUUUAG